AGCUGCAGAGCUACUAGUCCAACCAGUCUCCCGAAUUCAGCGUAGCUGAAAGAGGUUUUCACUCUGCACCUGCCAAAGAUCUCUCCCCCCCCUCCCCUGCUCUCCCCCCUCUCUCCUCCUUCCUCUCUCCCUCUAAAAGGCAGAUCUGUAAGACCCAGCAGAGAUCAAAGACGGGACCUCUUUGCUAAAAAGAACCUCUACUGAUUUAUAUUAGUUUCUUUCCUCUAAUCCUUCUCCCCCCCCCUCCUUUUUUUUUCUGUGCCAUAUUUAACCUUUAUGUUGCAGUUGUGCCAUCAGACAGUUUUGCAGCCAAAAAAACCCCAAGCCAAGCCAAAGCGAAAGCCCAGCUCGGAUACAGCAGCCACCCAGACUUGAUCUCAGUUGAACGUAUUAAUCUCCCGCAAGCACUGGACGCGAUGGAUGAAGAAACUGCAACCGCUCUAAGAAAAUGAUUUUCCAGCCCAUGUUCUCGAGCGGCCUGAGAGAAGAGAGGGAGCGCGAGCGGGCGCGGAGCUUCUGCUGCAUCACUGCCCAGACCCGAAGGAAGGGAGUCAGCGUUUCCAGCACAGCCAAAUAUUGUGGAUGAUUUUUUUUCUUCUGUCGCCUUUCCGUACAGGUUUUCCUAAUAUUAUUCUCUCCCCCGCCCCCCCCCGUAUUUUUUUGUGCUUUUUUGGUUUUUAAUUUUAUUUAAUCAGAGCUUGCCUCUGAUGCCGGUUUCUCUUCAAGAACCCUCUUCCCCUGUUUGUUGUGAUCCCUGCAACACAACCAGGGAGAAGCCGUGAGCAGAUGGCUUUAUACGCUGCCGUGCCGCUGGCGUUGUUUUCCUACUGAUUUUAAAGGCUCGGUCCGGUGCUCUUUUUGUUGUUGUUUUUUUUUUCCCCCUUUUUUUUUUAAUUUAUUUUUUUCCCUCCCCCUCCUGAGUUCUUGAUGGUACUGAGGCAUGAGGACCUAUUGUUUCUAGCCCGUGUGUUUCUCGGCGCCUAUGGAGAUAACUUUACGGACUUGACCGCCCGCUGCCCGCCGCGGAGGCAGAGCGCCGAGCCCCCGGGGGGGGGCAGCCAGACCCCCGCCCGCCCCCUCCCCCGCUGACCGCCCGCCCCGGCCAUGAAAAUGCUGCUGGUCCGCAAGUUCCGGGUGCUCAUCCUGAUGGUCUUCCUCGUCGCCUGCACCAUGCACAUCAUGAUCGACCUGCUGCCGCGGCUGGAGCGGCGGGGGCCGCCCGCCCCCCGCCCGGGCUGCUCCUGCCCGCCGCCCGCCGCCGCGCCGCCGCGCUCGGCGCCGCGCUGGCCGGGCAAGCACACCCUGCGCAUCCUGCAGGACUUCAGCGCCGAGCCGGCCUCCAACCUCUCCUCCCAGUCGCGGGAGGCGGCGGAGCGGGCGGCGGGCGGCGGCGGCGGCGGCGGGGGGGACGGCGGCGGCGGGGGGGCGGCGGCGGGGCGGGGGAGGCGGCUGAUCGCCCCCGGGCCACCGCGCCCGCCGCCCCCCGCCGCCGCCGCCCCGCUGGCCGCCCUCUUCCAGCACCCGCUCUACCGCGCCGCGCGGCCACCGCUGGCCGACGGCGACCGGCUCUUCAAUGUCAACAGCGACAUCAGGUUCAACCCCCGGGCGGCCGAGCAGCCCGAGUGGCAAAAUGAAGAUAAUGAAGAAUUUUUGCCAACUGGAGAGACCUCCAUAGACUCCUAUCCAAACUGGUUAAAAUUCCACAUUGGCAUUAAUCGGUACGAGCUGUACUCCAGACAUAAUCCUGCAAUUGAGGCUUUACUACAAGACCUGGUCACCCAAAAGAUAACCAGUGUUGCGAUGAAAUCAGGAGGCACCCAGCUGAAGCUGAUCAUGACGUUCCAGAACUAUGGACAAGCAUUGUUCAAACCCAUGAAACAAACCAGAGAACAAGAAACCCCGCCUGACUUUUUUUAUUUCUCAGACUAUGAAAGACAUAAUGCAGAAAUAGCAGCAUUUCAUUUGGACAGGAUCCUGGAUUUCCGUCGUGUGCCGCCGGUUGCGGGCAGACUGGUUAACAUGACGCGAGAAAUACGAGACGUUACUCGUGACAAGAAGCUGUGGAGAACGUUUUUCAUCUCACCAGCCAACAACAUCUGCUUCUAUGGGGAAUGCUCCUACUACUGCUCAACAGAGCACGCCCUCUGUGGGAAACCAGAUCAGAUCGAGGGGUCUCUGGCCGCUUUCCUGCCUGAUUUGUCUUUAGCUAAAAGGAAAACCUGGAGAAACCCUUGGAGACGUUCCUACCACAAGCGCAAGAAAGCAGAAUGGGAAGUUGAUCCAGAUUAUUGUGAAGAGGUUAAACAAACACCUCCAUAUGACAGUGGGACCAGAAUUCUGGAUAUAAUGGAUAUGACAGUUUUUGAUUUCCUAAUGGGUAACAUGGAUCGACAUCACUACGAAACCUUUGAGAAGUUUGGAAAUGAAACAUUUAUUAUCCACUUAGAUAAUGGAAGAGGGUUUGGAAAAUAUUCCCAUGACGAACUUUCCAUAUUGGUGCCUUUAAACCAGUGCUGCAGAAUAAGGAAGUCUACCUAUCUGCGAUUACAGUUGUUAGCCAAGGAGGAAUACAAACUCAGUCUCUUGAUGAAGGAAUCUUUACUAAAAGAUAAAAUAGCUCCCGUUCUCUACCAGCCUCACUUGGAGGCGAUGGACAGGCGGCUGCGGAUCGUCCUCAAGGCUGUCAGUGACUGCAUAGAAAAGGAUGGUUAUGACAACGUGGUUGAAAAUGACUUUAACCCUGAUGUUAACACUGGUACGACCGAGAGGUAGUGAAAUCGCAAGACUACGUUUUUACCAGCCAAGUAAAGAAGAUUCAAAAAAGGAAAAAAAAGAAAAAAAAAGUCUUGCAAAAGACUGUAUACGCCACUUUGUGAAUUCAGUGAAUUCAGAAAUGAGAUAUAAUUGUUCCCAAAGUAGGUAAAGUGUAGACUCUGCAAAGGCUUAGUUCAUUAAGAAAAAUAAUGUGAUGCUUUUCAUUAGUUCCUAAAGAGAGAUUAUGAGAAGAUGCAGAAAAUACUCAGAUCAUUGACAGACAACAGUCUUACAGCAAACACCUCCUGUCCUUUUUGUAUAGAAAGGAGGCCUUUACUUAAUAUUUUGUAUUUAUAUAUGGUAUAUCUAUGAAACCCCAGACCUACCUACCAAAUUUAACUAAGAGGGACGGCAUAGUUUUGUGACUCACACUUUAUUUGUGGUGACAGUCCACUUAGUAUUUUGUGUUAACCCUUUAAGUGCUCUAAUCCACUGUAUCUUAUUUAAAUUGAAUGCUUUUUUUCCCCCAGCUACUCAGCAUUUAAAGGGUUAAGGCAUUAUGAACUUUUAAAGGCAAAAAAUAAUAAUUAUUAUAAUAAUAAGCAGUGGUUGCCGGAAGGGAAUUUCACUAAUUGUGCAUUGACAGGAAUACUUGAAUGUUGGUUUUACAAAGUGAUGUAAAAUGCCAGGUUGUACUAUUUGUCCAUAAGGAGGUGGCGGCUCUUACCUUUCUAGACUCUCAUAGCUGAGCUGCUACUUUUCAACUUUGCUUUUGAUAGUUUUGUGUAAAUAUAUACAUAUAUGGGUAAAAAGCUGCUUUCAGCAGCUCUAGGCUUACUUUUGCAGCAUUUUUGUGGAAUUGUUUGCAACGUGGUAAAAGUGCAAUAAAGAUAUGGCAAAAUGUGUA